GGCUAGGUAACAUGGCGGCGGCCGGCUUGUGAGUUGACAGUGAUUCUCUCCGCAUCUAAGACGUCUUCUGGCCGGUAACAAACCCUUAGGAAUCAACAGAAGUUAUGUUCUCCCACCUUUUGGACUGGGCCAGUGUGCCUGCCCACCUGCAGUUCAACCGGUUUGUGCUAGGGGGCUAUCGUCCACUGCAGUCUGUAGCAGAGUGUGUGCAGAGCCUCUUCUAUCUGCACAAUGAGCUGUUCAACAUCUUAUCUCAUGGUCUUCCCAUCCUGUUCUUCGCCCAUUAUGCGACCGACAGUCAUACCUGGGACCAGAUCUCGCACAGUUGGCUAGCUUACCUGAACUACGCUGCAGCUCUGGCACCACACCUGGGGAGCCUGUCCUAUCACCUGUUCAUGAACCACAAGUCAGGUGCAGGGACCUACUUCAGACUGCUCAAACUGGACAUGUGUGGUGUGUGGGCCGUUCAGACACUCGGUGCCUUGACAACAAUCUAUGCAACGUUCUACUGCAACAAGCUGCUCCAAACCUUAAUGCUGACCACGUACAUCCUCGUAUCAUCAUGGACAUUAUACGAAGCUGUACACGCAACGUCCGUCUACAAGAGAAUGUGCUCUUUUGCAGCGCAAGUCGCUAUCCGUGUCCUAACUCUUCUAGUCCGAGUGUCACCACUCGGGUACGGAAAUCCGUAUUCCACCAAACACACUUUUCUUAUGGACGCUUUUGCUAUCACUGGCGGAGUAAUAAAUCUGUUACGGGUGCCUGAAAGAUUUUGGCCGGGAAAGUUUGACUAUUUUUUUAACAGUCACAAUAUAAUGCAUGUGAUGACCACUAUAGGCGUGCUCCAUAUGCAUUGGGGUGCGGUAGGGGAUAUAAUGUGGGCGUCACAGUAUCAAUGCAAUGUAUAACAAUUGAAUGUGAAAAUAAUGAUCCAUUCAGAAUUUGACAAAAUAAUAUAAUUGCCUUUCUAUACUGGGUUCUUAGCCACACAACCAAAAAUUGGCAAUUUCUCUUGUUUAAGGGCUAGAUUAAAGCCCUCAAGGAAGGUA